CUAACAUCCUAAAGAUGGGCUGAGAAUUUCUUGCAAUAAAACGAAUCUCAAUAUCUACUAGAACUACAACCCAGAACUUUAUAAUCCGAAGCAACACAUAUGUUAACCAAUAAGUAAGUAUUUCCAUUGCUACAACUGUUAUCUCGAUUGUAACUAUAAGAUAUCAAUAAAACUUGAAACGAUAACAGUCAGUUAUUGUAUUGUUAAUCUACAAUUGCGUUAGUUUAAUUGCAACAAUAUUGUUAUUCACUCACAUUACAUUUCUUGAUACCAACAUGAAUUUCAUGGACAAAGUUGUAAUUGUGACUGGAGCCAGUUCUGGAAUAGGAGCCGCAGUUGCUGUAAAAUUCGCUAAAGAAGGAGCUACGGUUGCUGUAGUUGGCAGGAAUCAACGAAAAUUAACUGAAGUUGUAAAAAAGUGCGAAGAAAACGGUGGUAAAGCUCAAGCGAUCAUGGCCGACGUAGCCACAGAGGCGGGCGUUGUAAAAAUCGUCCAUAUCGUUAUCAAUAACUUCAGAAGAAUAGAUGUUCUAGUGAAUAAUGCUGGCAUGGGAAGAUUCGAAAGUAUUUUGUCACAAAACGCUAUGAAAGCAUUUGAUCAAGUGAUGGCUGUUAAUCUAAGAGGUGCUGUGCAUCUAACUCAUCUUGCUGCACCACAUCUUAUUGAAAGUCACGGUACUAUUAUUAAUAUAUCAAGUAUAGCGUCCAUGGGUGUUUUAAGUCCAAAGAACUUCGCGUAUUGUGCGUCAAAAGCAGCAUUGGAUCAUUUCACACGUAGUGUUGCUUUGGAGUUAGCGUCUAAUGGUGUACGAAUAAAUACGAUAAACCCUGGUCCUGUAAAAACAAAUUUUAUGGAUGGCUUAAUUUCUGAUGCGAAGGAACGUGAGAAAUCAUGGGAGACGAUCAAACAACGAACGGCUCUUGGAAGAAUAUCGGAAGCAGAUGAAAUAGCGGAUUUCGUUUUAUACCUCGCGAGUGAUAGAGCCAAAAGUAUUACAGGCUCUUCAUUUGUCAUUGAUAAUGGACUUUUACUAAAAGGUUGAUAUGUUUAUGUGUACAUAUAAAGUCAUAUAAAGUCGUAUUUUAAAUUGUAUAUUAUGUUUUAAUAGAUUACUACCGGGCUAUCUAUUAUUAUGUUUUAUGUUAUGAAACUUAUGUUAAAUAUAUAUUCUUAUGUGUGACAA